CCCGUAGCGAAUCCGUUUCAUUUUUCAUUCGCGCUCAAUGCGUCCGCUACUGCGACGCGUUGUGGGUUGUGACAGCCCGUUGUCUAUGGGAGUGUUUGCUCGUAUUGAAUUUGUGACAAAAUAUUACAUGUACGGUGAAUUACGGGAAAUUAUUUGAUUUCUCGCAUGACAGUGAAUAAAAUAAGCAUUUGAAUAUGGCGUUGGAGGGUGUGAAAAGUGAAAAGAGUGAUGAAAACAACGGCAACGUACCAGACGGCAAGGCGAACGGGAUCGACAACAAAAGUAAACAGAUAGAACCAAACACAGCAUUUUUGCGAGCGGCGCGCGCCGGUCAGCUCGACACAGUCGUCGAUCUCCUCGACUCCGGCGCCGUCAAAGACAUAAACACAUGCAAUUCAAACGGGCUGAAUGCGCUUCACCUGGCCGCUAAAGAUGGACACAUCUCUGUGGUCGAGGAGUUACUAAAGCGAGGUGCAACAGUAGACGCGGCUACUAAAAAAGGAAACACAGCACUCCACAUAGCAUGUCUUGCGGGGCAAGAAUCAGUAGCGCGGGCGCUACUGGCGGCUGGGGCCAAGGCCGACGCCCAAUCAGCGGCCGGCUUCACCCCACUGUACAUGGCGGCACAAGAGAACCAUGCUGGAUGCGUCAAAAUGCUGCUGGCAGCUGGAGCCAGUCAGACCCUUGCUACAGAGGAUGGCUUCACUCCUCUCGCAGUCGCAAUGCAACAAGGACACGACCGAGUAGUCGCUGAACUACUGGAAUCAGACACGAGGGGCAAGGUUCGAUUACCUGCGCUACACAUCGCCGCGAAGAAGAAUGACGUCAAAGCUGCUACGCUGUUGCUGGAGAACGAACACAACCCAGACGCCUGUUCGAAAUCAGGGUUCACGCCCCUGCACAUAGCGGCGCACUAUGGCAACGUGGGCGUGGCGCGCGCGCUGCUGGCCGCCGGCGCCGACGCGGGCCGCGCCGCCAAGCACAACAUCACGCCGCUACACGUCACUAGCAAAUGGGGACAACUGGCUAUGCUGGAUCUGCUUGUGGAGAAUGGAGCUAACAUAGCGGCGGUGACUCGGGACGGCCUGACUCCGCUGCACUGCGCCGCGCGCUCCGGACACAGCAAUGUCGUCGCGAGGCUACUCCAACAUGGCGCGCCUAUUACUAGCAAGACUAAGAACGGUUUGACCCCUCUCCACAUGUCCGUACAAGGCGAACACGUGGAGACGGCCAAAGUUUUACUAGCAGAGGGCGCUCCCAUCGAUGACGUCACUGUUGACUAUUUGACAGCUUUACAUGUAGCUGCUCAUUGUGGACAUGUUAAGGUGGCAAAGCUACUUCUAGACAGAAAUGCGGACGCGAAUGCUCGGGCAUUGAACGGGUUUACUCCAUUACACAUCGCCUGCAAGAAAAAUAGGCUCAAAGUCGUCGAGUUACUGCUCAAAUAUGGCGCUAGUAAAUCAGCAACGACAGAGUCAGGGUUGACCCCCCUCCACGUGGCGUCGUUCAUGGGCUGCAUGAACAUAGCGCUCGUCCUCAUCGGCGCGGGCGCCCCGGCCGACGCCGCCACCGCGCGCGGCGAGACUCCUCUACACCUCGCGGCCAGGGCGCACCAAACCGAUCUCGUCAGGGUCCUGCUUAGGAAUAAUGCUAAGGUGGACGCCCGAGCUCGUGAAGAACAGACUCCCUUGCACGUGGCAGCCCGACUGGGCCACGCCGACAUAGCCGCGCUACUGGUGCAACAUGGCGCCGACGUCGGGGCUACCACCAAGGACAAGUACACGCCGCUACAUAUUGCAGCCAAAGAAGGCAAAGAAGAAGUAGCAUCGAUCCUCCUGGAGCACGGCGCAGCGAUAGAAGCGGAGACCCGCAAGGGCUUCACCCCGCUGCACCUGGCCGCCAAGUACGGCGACACCGGCGUGGCGCGCCUGCUGCUGGCGCAGGCCGCCGCGCCCGCCGCGCCCGGCCGCUCCCACAUCACGCCGCUGCACAUGGCCACCUACUACGGACACCCCGACAUCGCGCUCUUGUUGCUGGAUAAAGGAGCGUCUCCACAUUCUCUGGCGAAGAACGGACACUCCGCUCUACACAUCGCCUGCCGACACAACCACCCAGAUAUCGCCUUCGCGUUACUUGAACAUGACGCGGAUCCCAGCGUGAAGUCGAAGGCAGGUUUCACUCCACUGCAUAUGGCGGCACAGGAAGGACACGAGGAUUGCGUCGAGAUGCUCAUCGAACGAGGGGCUGAUGUCAAUGUACCCGCUAAUAAUGGUUUAACACCAGUCCACCUAGCAGCUUCCGAAGGUCGUACGGGCGUGCUGAAGGCGCUGAUGUCUGCGGGCGGACAGGUCAACGCCCGCACCAGGGACGGGUACACGCCGCUGCACGCCGCCGCGCACCACGGACACCACGCCGCCGCCAAGACUCUGCUGGCCGCCAACGCUGAUGUCACUGCUAGGGCUGCGCAUGGGUUCACUCCACUGCACCAGGCGGCACAGCAAGGCCACACGCUCAUCAUACAGUUACUGCUCAAACAGAAUGCUGACCCCAACGCUCUCUCUGCUAAUGGACAAACGGCUUGUGCUAUAGCCGACCGUUUGGGCUACAUUAGCGCCGUAGAAGCAUUGCGGCCUGUCACAGAAAACACACUCAGCCAAGCUGUUGGAGAUACCGGUGGCUUGGAAGGCAAAUACAGAGUAGCGGCACCAGAACUAAUGCAGGACACAUUCAUGAGCGACUCGGAGGACGAAGGAGGCGAGGUAGAGUGCCCAAUCCAACAGCAGCAACAAUACCGUUACAUGAACAGCGAGGCGGGUACGUUGCACCGAGCCAAGCCGCUCGAGGACACGGUCACCGAUGGACAUCUAUGGCCCAGCAACAAUGAUAGAAAAGUCGCCACCAUCGACCGGCAGCCACUGGACAUUGGUUUUCUGGUAUCAUUCGUGGUGGACGCGCGAGGAGGUGCGAUGAAAGCCAAGCGGCGUGGUGGAGUGCGCAUCAUAGUCCCUCCAGCCGCCUGCGCGGCGCCCACCCGCGUCACCUGCAGGGCUGCCACACGACGAGCGCCGGCCGCUGCCCCACCGCCACUCAUGGAGGGAGAAGCCCUAGCUUCAAGGUUACUUGAGCUACAACCACAGGGCGCUAAGUUCUUGGCUCCAGUGGUGAUCGAGGUGCCAAUAUACACAUCUUCAUGCCGCGAGCGUGAGAUUGUUGUACUGCGCUCGGACACCGGCGAGACCUGGCAGGACCACUACCUACACAACAAUGACAACCCACUGAUACAGGAAGCAUUACAACGCGAGCGCCAAGAGUACGGUGGCAACGAGACCAUAGGAGAGAGUGGGGAGCGAGUGACUCGGAUCAUUACGUGCGACUUCCCUCACUACCUCGCCUGUGUGUCGCGAGUGAGGCAGGAGGUCCAUGUCAUCGGGCCCGAGGGAGGCACCAUCUCCAGUGCACAUAUACCACAGGUCCAAGCCCAGUUCCCUGCAGCGGCGCUGACAAAGCGCAUCCGCGUGGGUCUGCAGGCGCAGGCGGCCAGCGCCGCGCAGUGCCGCCGCGUGCUGCCGCGGCACGCCGCCGUGUCGCCCGUCUUGACGGUGGAACCACGGCGACGCAAGUUCCAUCGCUCCAUUACGCUCACUGCACCGUUGCCGGCUUUACCUGACAGCACAGAGAAACCAUCGACGUCCAACCUGCGCUUGCUAUGCUCCAUAAUGGGCGGGCAGGCGCGCGCCGUCUGGGAGGACGUCACCGGCUCCACCCCGCUCACCGUCACCGACGACUGCGCCUCCUUCACCACCACGGUCUCGGCGAGAUUCUGGAUGAUGAACUGUCAAAAUGUCAGCGACGCUACCAAACUGGCCACAGAAUUGUACAGAGAGAUGUUGCUAGUUCCGUUCGACGUGCGUAUAGUGGUGCUGGGCAAGCGACUGGACGCGCUCGAGGGACGACUGCUCGUCAUGACCAUCACUGACAGAUACGCCUAUGAAACUCUACUGCAACAGGAACACUACACAGAAGUGGCCCACUCGACAUCAGUUCGAUUCCUGGACGGUAAAGACGUAUACCUGGAGUUCUCUGGCAACCUGGUGCCUGUCACCAAGUCUGGCAGCCAACCCAUGCUGACUUUUGAGGCUUUCAAAGAUAAUCGCGUAGAGUUCACAGUGCGCGUCAAGCACCAUGAGGAGAACCCAUCAGGCAGGAUCUACUUCAUGAAUGAACCUAAGGUCCCCAAGGGCGAGCAGUCCCAGACCCCGGCCUGUGUACUGGACGUGGAACUGCCGGAGCGCAUCGCACCGCGCGCUGGGAAGAGCCAAGUCGACUACCUCAACUUGGACCAGUCUGGAUUCGACGCACUGAAGGAUGAGCUGAGCUUCCACUGGAGCGGCGACCACAAUAAUAGCCUGGGACCUGCCUCCCUGCCAUACUCACAUGACCGACAGGUCAAUGGACAUGACAAGAUCAUUACAAACGGCGACGUGAAAUACCAAACGAAAGAAACUGAUGAUAGCAAAGAUUCUAAACCUCAAGUCAAUGGCGGUUCUCUUAACGUAGACUCAAACAAGACUAAAGCAACAUUCGAUUCAGACGAAGAUAAGACCCCAAUGAACACCCUUGAGAAGGGUAAGAAGAAGCCAGAAGGAAGCGUGGGCUUCCUUGGCGGCCUCGCAGACAAGGUCAAAAACGUCUUCAGCCAUAGCGAAGAUAAGGAAGAUGAGAAAGAAACCUCUCCCAAACCACAGCCUAAACCUAGAGAAUCUAAGGAAAGGGACUCCAAAGAAAAGGAUUCCAAGGAAAAGGAUCCUAAAGAGAAAGAAAAGUCACCACCCAAACCCGCCCCCAGACUCAUCAGCGAAGACCUCUUAGGUAAAAUCGACGAUGUGUUCAAAGAUCUUAAAACUGCACCCAAUCAGAAAGGAGAUGAUGAUAUUAACAACCACGUUUACGCAACCAAACUGGUUGUUGAUGAAGAGAAUUCAAAACCCAUCGAAGAUAAUCUCUAUGAACAGUACGAACGCAUGCAACCAGUUGAUACACCAGUGUGCACCCAGAAAACAGAUCCAUUCCAAUUCUACGUCGGAUGCUGCGAAGGCAAAUAUAAGAAGGGCCAGAAACACCGACAUGAUGAAACCUCUAACGUCGUCGACAGGAUAGAACAAGUUCACUUUGCAGCACACGAGAAACUACAUGAUGUGUCUGAUAAAGUUCAUGGUGAUUUAGCAGAAGGCUUAUGCAUUAUUGAAGAUGAAAAGGAUAAAAUUAAACUCAAAGCUGGUGAUGCAGCCAACGAUCUACUCGGUGAUCUUGAGAAAGCUAAAUCUGGUGCUCAGGACAAAUUACACGAACUAGAAGAUGGUGCUCGCGGUAAACUUAGCGAUAUCUCGGAAUCUGCAGAGAAAGUUAAAGAUGAUGUUAAUGCUAAAGCUGAUGAUUUGAAGAAUAACGUCUCUUCUGAAGUUGAAGACGCUAAGACUUCCGCUAAAAACCUUGUUGAUAACGUUAUCCAUCAAGCUGGCAUUGUGAAGGACGAUAUCAACAGUAAAGCCAUGAUGCUCAACUUCAUUGCUAUGGAAAGGGCUGAAGAAACAAAGCUCCGAGAUGGUGAGAAACUAACUCAAGUAGGGAAGGCAGCUGAAGGUGCUGCCAACAAUAUUAAGCACAAAGCACAAGAUGGCGCUAUUGCAGUUUCAGAAGCUAUCCAUGACGCUAAAGAUGCUAUCAAUAGCAAAGCUCAAGACGUUAAAUCAGGAGCUAAGGAUACAUUAGACAAUGUGAAGGCAUCUGCUAAUGAAAAGCUCCAGUCUAUGGGCGACUCUUUAGAGGGAGUCAAGGAAAAAUCAAAGAAAGAGCUAAAAAAAGAGGCCAAAGAAGCCAAAAAGAAGGCGAAGGAAGGCAAAAGCUUUUUCACCGGUCUGGUUCACAAUAUUUUCGGAGAAAAGGAAAAACUCGAAGAAGAGGUGAAAGGUAAAAUCGCUGAAGGCAAAGAAUCAGCCAGCCAAGCCUUGGACAAAGCUGCAGCGAAGAAAGAUGAGCUGCAAGAUGCUGCUGCUAAGAAACAAGGUGAACUUAAAGAAGGAGCUGAACAACUAGCACACAGCGUAGAAGAGACGAAGAAGCAAGCCGAGAAGGCGGCACAAAACAAGAAAGAUGAAAUCGAAAAAUCUAUUCACGACAAAACAGCUGAAGCUAAGCAGGCCGUUGAAUUAAAAACUGGCGAGAUCAAAGCUUCAGUUGAGGGAAAAGUCGAUGAGGUAAAAGGCGCCAUACACGACACAGCAGCCGCUGCCCAAGAAAAAGCCAGCGAAACCAAAGACGCCAUUAAGAACAAAGCCAAUGAAGUAGGUAACGCAAUCAAUGAAACCGCUUCAGAAGUAGGACAAGCUAUCCACGAUAAAACAGCCGAAGCUAAAGAAGCUGUGGUUGACAAAUCGAAGCAAGUCAAAGAUUCUAUCCAAGAUACCGCUGCUGAUGUAGGUCAUUCCAUCCAAGACAAAACCGUCAGCUUUAAAGAAUCCGUGGCUGAUGAGGCAACAAAACUAGGGGCUGCUAUCCACGACAAAACUAGCCAAGCUAAAGAAAAGGCCAGUGAAGUAGGACACGCAAUUAACGAUGAAGCAAACAAAUUCGGACAAACAUUACAGGAAAAAACUUCGGAAGCUAAGGAUAAGGCCAAUGAAAUUGGACAGGCGGUACAAGACAAAACUGCUGAGGCAAAAGACAAAGCGAAUGAAUUUGGACAGGCAAUACAAAACAAGACUGUUGAAGCUAAAGAUAAGGUGAAUGAAUUUGGACAGGCGAUACAAGAUAAAACAGCUGAGGCGAAAGACAAGGCCAGUGAAAUCGGACACUCAGUGCAAGAUGGCGCUAACAAAGUUGGACAAGAAAUCCAAUUCAAAGCCAGCGAAGCUAAGGACAAAGCGAGUGAUUUUGGUAAUGCUAUUCACGACACAUUCACUGGCUUUGGAAGCGCAGUACAUGAAACGGCUAGCAAUGUAGGCAACAACAUUCAGGACACAGCAAGCAAUGUCGGACAUGCGAUCUACGAUAAGACCUCUGAAGCUAAGGACGCCGUGCAAGAUAAAGCUGGAGAAAUUAGUCACGAAGUACACGAGAAAUCCCAUGGUUUUGGAGAAGCUAUCAAGGACACGUUCAGCGGUAUCGGUCAUGCUAUCAGCGAAACAUUCAGCUUUGGACAUGACAAAGCAGAAGAAGCUAAGGAUUCAGUUAAGGAAAAGGCUUCAGAAAUCAAAUCAUCAGUUGAAAGUACAACCGGCGAAUUGAAAGACGCAGCACAACACAAAGCCAAUGAAGUAUCAAAAGCAGUUCACGACAAAUCGGCAGCUGUAAGCAGUGCGAUACAAAGCAAAACUGACGAAUUCGGACAGGCCUGCCAUGACCAGAAAGACGCAGCGAAGAGCGAACUGGACAGGAUAAGACAAGAAGCUGAACUCGCGACAGAACAAAUCAGUAAAACAGCAGAAGAUGCGAUAAAUUCCGCAUCAAACAAAAAAGGAGAAAUACAAACUAGUGUAAGCAAUAAGUUCGAUGACAUCAAGCAUUCAGGACAAGAGGAAUUUGAAUUCUUACAACAAUCGGCUGCUGACAAAGCGAGCGACCUGCAACGGUCGUCGAAACAGGCAUUCGAUCACGCUAAAGACUCAACCUUGAGUACUUUCGAUAAGGUCGAAAGUUCGGCGAAGGACAAAGUGAGCGAGGCCAAGGACAAGUGGGAUGAGAUGCAGAGCUCGACCAGAGACACGUUCGCCUCCAUGAGGGAUGACGUACAUAGCCUGGGCAGCUCUGCUGAAGACACUCUUCAUUCCUUCCAGAGUUCAGCCGGUAACACCUUCGACAGUCUUGAUGAUUCGGCGAAAUUAGUUCUGUCAGAUACGCAACAACACGUUGAAGAGAGUUCGAAACAGUUGUUCGGUGACGCAAAGAGUAGUUUUGAGGGUUUCCAAGUAUCAGCUGAUAAUAAACUUGAAGAGAUCAAGGGUGCAGGCAAGGAGGGAGUAGAGGCUGUUGGUGACAGACUGGGAGAGGUCGCGGAGGGCGUGCGAGGGGCUGAGCAAGCUGCUACAGAGGCGGUCGCGAGAGAAGCAGACAACUUUACAAGCAGUCUGAACAAUUUGGGCAGUUCUGUCUUCGGUUCUUCAGGCAAAGGAUUUAUGAAGGAUUCGACCACCAAGUUACUGGAGUCUGAAAAGUCACAAAGUUCCCCACACAAGAAGAGUUCCGGCUUCUUCGCAAAACUCCGGCGUAAUCCAUGAAGAAAACCUCGAUGAAGCAUCGCACCGCGUCUAUUAACACUAUGAACUUAGCAUUAACACAAAAUAUAUGAAAAGUACAGAAGAAACACAAAGUUCAAAAUGUCACGAAAAAUCUAUCAACUUGUAAAAUAGUUGUUUUUGUACAUAAAAGUGUGUCUUCUGUAUUUUUCAUACUCUGUGACAUAAUUUUAAGGCGAAUUUCCUUUUAAAAGUGAUGUUGAAAAGUACAUUUAAAAGUAUGUAAUGUCGACUCAGUAUACAUAAAAUAAAUCGCAUUAAUUCAAUGGCCGCAUUUGUCAAGCGCUAAUUAAGUUUCAUUGUCAAGGGUUGUCCCGUUGCUUUAGUAAAACAUCGAUGUUUAGAAAUUAAAUUAUAAAUGUCAAUUUUCAAAGCAAUGGACGAAAAACAUUUCUUAAAAAUCUUGCAUAAAACCCCUGAAUUGCCUAGAAGUAUCUUGGAAAUCUUAAAUAUCUUAUUGAAAUUCGUGUGCCGUGAAGCCUUUUCAAUAGUUAGGCUAAAUAAUUCCAAACAAUGUGUUCCAUUUUUAUAUUAAUUUGCUGAAUAGAGUCCUGUAGGAGAUUGUAGAUAGUGUCGAGAUUUAAAAACUUCAAAAAAAUUGAGAUUUCUAGAAGUAAAAAAUGUAUUUGAGUAGACCUUGUUAUAUGAGCCUUGUUGUUAUGAAUUUGGAGGGAAGAAGUUCUAUUAUGAAAUGCCUUUAAUUUUUAAAAUUAAAUAUUAAAACAGCUACAAUGUAGAGGUGCUUAUGUAAAGUGAAAAACUAAAGUUUUAACUUCAGUCUAACGCCAGAGCGCGCAAAACUGGUGCCGAUUAAUGCGAAAAUUAAUACAAAAGCACGGAUAAAUUAUUCAGGAGCUAUUUCAAAUAGCUUACGAUCGUAAUAGCUGCGUGUGGUUAUUUAAUAAUAUUGUAACUGUUUUUCCUAAAAAAUAGUUGGUAAGAUCGAUAGAAAAGCGAGCGGUAGUUUUAUCGAUACUCUCAAAUGUUCGCAGCAAUGUAAGAAAAGUGUAUGCUUCGAUUCCCAAUUCGGUACGUCUAAUAUAAAGCUUAUUGGUUCUCUAAUAUUGAAAUAAUAUCGAUACAAUAGUGGUGCUGAUUCUGACGUUGAAGAGUUUAUCGAUAUCGAUAUAUUAUGUAACAUUUUUGUCAUACUUCACUAAGAUAUUACUUGCACCGUUUAUGUAAGUUUUACCAUUUUAUAGCGUAACAAUCAUAGAUAAAUUAAUAAUUUUAGAUAUUGUGCUAUGUACACAUUAACGCGAACGCGCGACAAUAGCGAAUAGACAUUAAUAAAAACAUAAAAUAUACAAUAAUAAAAUUAGUGGUUAAAUAUACAAAUUGUUUAAUUGUCUACGUUUACAAUACAAUACAUAUUUAAAAGAAUCUGUAUAAGUUUUGCUAUGUAAAAAAAUACAGUUGAAGUUUGACAUCCUACCCACCAGUGUGUACAUGGCUUUGAACUAAAUGUUGCAAGAUUAAAAAAUAAAAUAUUUACUAAAUGUUUUGUAUGAUUCGAUUUAUUAAUGUUAUUUGCAUUUGUAUGUUAUCUAUCGUUUGAAAAUAAAUAUCUGUCUAUGUGUAGUUUAAAAUCUUGAGAUGGUAAUGUGUCUUGAAUCGACCUAGGAGUGUAAAUAACGGUUAGCUACCUAAUUAUAGUUUUGUUAAAAACUCACUAAAUUUUAUGCUCUUAAUGGAAAAAUGUCUUAAUUAGGGCUGAAUUGUUGGAAAAUAUAAUUUAUGUUCAGUGUCUUAACGUCCAAAAUGAUUUAAAAAUCAAGUGAUGAAUUUGUCAGUGUGUUACCACAUACCUACAUAACAUUUCGAAAGUACUGUGAUGCCAAAUAUGAAUUUUAUGUAAAGUUAACAUAAAUUUUGUUAAUUUAUUGAUAGAGUCUAUGUUCGA